UGCGGUUCCGGGUUGGUGCCCUGCUUGCCGUGCAGAGGUGGGGGCUGGUGACGUUCCCCAGGCCCUCGAGAGUCCGCGGAGGCGGGGCUUUGUUGGCUGCCCCAAAAGCAGCAAGUAAGCUACCGGAGCUUCGGGACGCAAAGGUUGGGUCCCUCCCUUGGUUGACAGCCUUAUCAAGGACGUGGCUCCGGAGCGAGCCAGGGGGAGUGGGAUCCAGAUUGCGGUGGCCGGCAUCUCUGAACCUUUCAGCAUCUGUCAGAACUUUGCUCCAGUGAGUUAGUGCGAGUCAAGACUCAGGGACCAGACUACCAGGUCUGACCAGGAAGAAAUUAAUGUAGACACCUAAUGCUGUGAGAAUUUCUUUCUGCUUGGCAGUGACUUUGACCUCCAAAGUGUUUUAAAUAUAGUAGAUAAAACAGAUACUGUGUUGCCAAAAUCCUUUUGCCUGGAUUUAAGUGGGAUGCAGCUAGAAUGGAAGCCUGAACCUUUGUAGGUACCUGUGUCAUCAUUUCAUUCACUGAGAAGUUCAAGAGUUAGUUGUCUCUGCAAGAUAGCCACACAGCAAAAUGUUUGCAAAACUAAAGAAGAAAAUCGCAGAAGAGACUGCUGUUGCUCAGAGGCCAGGAGGCACGAAUAGAAUUCCAAGAUCUGUGAGCAAGGAGUCUGUGGCCUCUAUGGGAGCUGACUCAGGAGAUGACUUUGCUUCCGAUGGAAGCAGCUCCAGAGAAGACCUCUCAUCCCAGCUUCUGAGAAGAAAUGAACAGAUACGGAAGUUAGAGGCCAGACUUUCUGACUAUGCUGAACAGGUCCGAAACUUGCAGAAGAUAAAGGAGAAGCUUGAAAUUGCAUUAGAAAAACACCAGGAUUCUUCCAUGCGGAAAUUUCAAGAGCAGAAUGAGACAUUCCAAGCCAACAGAGCCAAAAUGGCAGAAGGACUGGCUUUGGCAUUAGCCAGGAAGGACCAGGAAUGGUCAGAAAAGAUGGACCAGCUUGAAAAGGAUAAAAGAUAUCUGACAAUUCAACUGCAGGAAAUGAAGAAUCAGAGUCUGAGCCUUUUUCAAAAGAGAGAUGAAAUUGAUGAGUUAGAGGGGUUCCAGCAGCAGGAGAUGAGCAAAGUAAAACACAUGCUUUUAAAAAAAGAAGAAUGCUUGGGGAAAAUGGAGCAAGAGUUGGACGCACGAACGAGGGAACUUAAUCGCACUCAGGAGGAAUUGGUUACUUCCAAUCAGAUAUCGUCUGACUUAAACCAGCAGCUAGAAGAAUUGCAGAGACAGUGCUCUACGCUGGAAGAACAGAGAGAUCAUGUGAUAUCUUCAAAAGCAUGUGCAGAACAUAAGAUUGUAGUCCUGGAACAAAAGGAACAAGAGCUCCAAGCAUUCAUUCAGCAGCUUUCCAUUGAUUUGGAAAAGGUUACUGCUGAAACUCAGGAGAAAGAAAAAAUCAUCACUCAUUUGCAAGAGAAGGUUAUAUCCUUGGAAAAGAGACUAGAACAGAAUUUGUCAGGAGAAGAUCAUGUACAAGAGCUCUUGAAAGAGAGAACAGUUGCCGAACAGAAUCUAGAAGAUACUAGGCAGCAACUCCUGGCUGCCAGGAGCAGCUACACCAAGGCCAUUGACCUCUUGGAGACUCGGGUGAAGGAUCUAGAGCAAAGCCUAAAGGCCGCUGAGGAGCAGCUGAGCCAGAGCAGGGAUGUUGUGACUGCCCAGGAAGCCCAGAUCCAGAAACUUAUCACUAAACACCAAGAGAACAGCCUUUCCCAACAACAGGUUCUUGCCCUGGAGCAGCAUUGCAGGGAGCGCACCCAUGCACUAGAGGCCCAGAUUGAAGCUCUGGAACAAACACGGGUGGCCGAUCAGAUAGCUUCAGAGCAGGGAAUGCAACAGCUGCAGCAGGAGAAUGUGGCCCUUAAAGAAAGCAGAAAUGAAUGUGAACGUUCUUUACGGCUCCACCAGUCUGAACUAAAGAAACUAAAGGAUGAAUGGAGCCAAAGAGAAAUUGUGAGUGUGGCUAUGGCUCAAGCCCUGGAGGAGGUGCGGAAACAGAGGGAAGAGUUCCAGCAGCAGGCUGCCCAGUUGACAGCCAUCAUAGAAGAGAAAAAUCGGAGCCUGUGUGAAAAGGACGAGGUGCUUCUCCAGAAGGAGCAGGAGCUUGACCAGCUGGAGAAAGGUCACAGUUCUGCCCUGCUGCAGAUGCACCAACUACAGAAUGAACUGGAGGCCUUGAGGAGCUGCAGAGCCCAGGAGGCAGUGCCAGCUACAACAGGACAGGACCCCCUGCAGCUACAGGGCCAGGAGUCACUUGUCAUCUCAAAAGCCAUGCAGAACUCUGAGUAUGAGCUUCCGGCAGCAGAGGGAACUCCAAAUGGUGAAGUUGAAGCCAUGAAUAUAGAGCAGCUACAGAAAGAAAAGCAGGACUUAGAGCAGCAACUUACAGAGAAAAAUAAGAUUAUGAAGCAGAUGCAGCAGAGGAUGCUGGAACUUAAGAAGACUCUGCAGAAGGAACUGAAAAUCAGGCCUGACAGUGAGCUUUUUGAGGUCCGGGAGAGGACAGGCCCUGAGAUACCAAAUAUGGCCCCUUCUGUCACCAAUAAUGCUGACCUGACUGACGCCCGAGAGAUCAAUUUUGAAUACCUUAAACAUGUUGUUUUAAAAUUCAUGUCCUGUCGAGAAUCCGAGGCUUUUCAUCUCAUAAAGGCAGUGUCAGUGCUGUUGAAUUUCUCACAAGAGGAAGAGAACAUGCUCAAGGAGACUCUGGAGUAUAAGAUGUCUUGGUUUGGAUCCAAACCAGCUCCCAAGGGCAGCAUCCGGCCGUCUAUCUCCAACCCACGGAUACCAUGGUCCUAGAACCACCCAAGGAUAGAGCUACAUGGGCUGACACUUUCUGUGAAAAGAACACUGACACACCAGACUGGGUGGGUUUUUCAUUGCUGUAACUGCAGUAUUUUGUACAAGUGUCUAGAUACUGUUUACAAGACCUUAGGCCCACCUCUCUGCAAGCUGGUGUGAACUUCAGAAGGAAACCAGCCCUGUCAUUCUGGUCACCAAACAAGAGCGAUCCUGGGCUCUGCCCAGAUCUUCACAGUGCUGCUAAUAUCCCAGCUCUGGCCCGCUGCAGUUGAGUCCUCUCUUUUAACAUAAGCACUUAAAAUUGAAAUGAUCGGCAUGUCAGGUAACAACUAAUUAUCAAACAAUGGUGACAUGGCUGAAGGUGGAGCCAGUUCUUUUGUAAAAAGCCAACUCAAGGGUGGUCUUUGAAGUCCCCUUCCACUAGCAGUCGGGGUUUCUGUGAUGUUGUCUCUCAAGAAAGUAUCAUUUCACUUUGUUCCCCAAUCACCUAGAACUUGAGAUGUGUCCAUCUCAGAGAUAACGGGGCCAACGUGAACUGAUGAGUACGCAACUUUCCAGUCCUGAGAAAACUAGCAAGCAGACGGAGUGAGAUCUCUACAUAUAGCACCAAAUACACUCAAUUGCCUUCUUAAUGAAUGUACUUGUUUUGAUGGGUUGCUGGUAAACCAUUUUAAACUAUUUUUUAUAGCAAAAGUUCACUAUUAUAAACAUGACUUCUGUAUUAUAAAAUCCAUUGAGAAGGAGACCCAGAGCGCCAGGUCUUUCUUGUGCCCUUUUGUCAUUUUGCUUACCUCUGUGGCACCUGCCUUUCUGGAGCAGUGGAGUUUCUCUGGCUUUGCUCUGAAUUCUAUCUUAUUAAAACAAAAGCCAAUCACUUUUUCUACUUCACUUCCCUACCCCAGUAUCUAACACUACAUUAUAGGUGGCAUCCAGACAGCCCAGCUGGCUGACGCACUUAAUAGCACACACCUCAUUUUUAGCUAAUGCUAGAAUCUUGUGUUCAUUUCCACACUUGUUCUGGAUAAGCCACAUCAGAUCUCAAGGGAAACAAUUUGAUUUGAGUUUGAGGAAAGUUUCAUUAACAAACUAAUAACUGGAGCUUCUAACGUUACCAUGUAGGUAAAUUUUUCAGCUUAAGGUCAAUAUAUGUAUGUAUAUACAUAUAAUGUGCUGUAAAGAAAUCCAAGUGUUUACAGCAUUUGCCUUCUAAAUCAGGAUGGCAUUGGCUCCUAGUUUCCCUUUAGGGUGCUCCUUCCCAUUUAGUGGGAACAUAAGACCAGAGUCCCACUGUUCUAUCACUUUUACUGAGGAAGAUGUAGCGUCUCCAAGUAGGAUUUCCUUCUUUCCCAGCAAUCCCAGCUUCAGAAGCCCUUUCUAAGCCUGAGGCUUCUCAGCCCUCAGCCCCUUGAGCUGGUCUAUCUCUCUCUCUCUCUCUCUCUCUCUCUCUCUCUCUGUCACACACACACACACACACACACACACACACACACACACGUGCGCGCACAUCUCUGCCUGCAGGUUGAGGUGUGUUGUGGGUCCUCUCAUUUAAAUGGCUUUCCUGCUGCAUGUUGAGCUCCUUCAGCACUAGAAGACUGCAGUAGCUAUUCCAAGUGGCUUGGUGCACUUUCCUUCUAUAAACUUUGGUGACAGUAUGUGUAGCCCUUUCUAUGUGAGCACUGGACUGUGACCUUACUACCCAUGUAAAUAGGGAUCGAUGGUAUUAUCUAAGAACUGCUGUAGCUGAGUCAUUUGUGGGUGCAAUACUUUUUGAUUAAAGCUCUUCAAGAUGUAA